UCGGAAAAGAACCGGUAGAGAAUAUUUUGUUUCAAACGCCGGCGUUUUAUCAUCUUUUUAUCGUGUUGAAAAGAAUCUUGAAAAAUCAUGGAGAUAUACAGUGAACUUUAUCAGGAAGAGUAUGAAACCAAAGCGACUUUUCUAGAGCUCUACAGCCGUUUGAUUAUAAUUCGUCAUUUCCUGGAGGAAGAGGAUAAUAAGAAUAUUCCUGCAGACGAAAAAAAAGUCGCAGAAUUGGAGGUGGAUGCGAAUAAUUUGGCCGAGAAUCUUGAGGCAAUUAAUCUGGACAGGGAAGAACGAGAAGAUUUGAAGGAGAAAAAUAAGAUAUUAGGCAGAGUGCAUAAAGAUGAGACUAACAUUGCAGCAACUACACAGAAGUUGCAAAGGAAUCUUAAAGUGCAGCUAAGUGAGUUGCAGAAUGAAUUUGAAACGUCUGAAGUUGGGCAAGAACAUGUAGUUCGUCGUACCCAAUCUUCUCAGACGGACUCGCAAAUUUUCACGUUGAUGCAAGAGAAUUCAGAACUGGAGAACCAGGUCAAUACAAUCCAAAAUGAUACUGGUUCUUGCGAUGAAAAGUGUCAUAGAGAAGGUCAUAAAUUAGAGCAGGAAAUUCAGUUAAAGGAGAUUACUAUGAAGUCUCUGGUUAAGGAAAUGAAUUCAACGGAUGAUACUCUCGUGAAUCUUCAGAAAGAGUGCCACAAUAAAAUGGUACAAUUGAUGGAAAGGAAGAUAGGGACUUCCAUUCAAUCCAAGGAUGAGUCUUAUUCGCUAAUGGGGUUUUCUAACCCCAAUACUAUCUCCAAGGGAUUGGAAAUCAAGAAAAAGGACUAUGUACUUUCUGAACUUUUCACAAAGACGCCAAUAACAGAGACAAAAGACACAAAGGGUAAGAGGAAGUCAUACCCGGAAAUCAAGAAGCCUGGUGAAGCAGUUCAAGGAAGUACAAAAGCGGUCUCAGAACCACAAAAACCUCCGAAAAGGCAGAAGAAUGAGUCUGCUCGGAAGAUUGUUCAGGAAGAGCCUGUUAAAGAUGUGAAGGCAGACAAAAUGGAGGUGGACUUGAAUGAAAUGCGUUCAGCAUCAAAGACCUCCGCUCAGGUCCCUUCCAAUCAACAAAAAACUGUGGCGAAAGAAGAGAAAAAGAAAGCAGAAGAGAAGAAAUGUCCAAGGAAGCGUUUGACUUUUGCUGAUUUCACGGAAUUGGCAGAAAGCAAGAAGGGUGAAGCGAAAAAAAUGAAGUCAGAGAAGAAAUUCUCCCAGGAAGCUGUAGCUUCUUCCCAGGAAAAGAAGAACGUAUCACAGGCAGAAGUUAAGAAUGCAUCAAAGGAGAAAGUGAAGGCAACUGAGAAGCAGCAGGUUCAAGAGAAGCAAAAACCUUCCGAAAAGCCAAAACCGGAAACAAAGGCUCAAAAGAAGAUGAAUUUCAUGGAGAUGGAAGAAUCUAAGAAGAUAUCGGAAGCCAAGAGAGUUAAGGUGCUUGAAAAUAUUGUGAUUAAACCAGCAGUGAAUACUCCGGCCAAGUCCCCACCAUCUCCAUCUGGAUCAUCUUUCAAGGAGUUCAGUGAGCUAAAUUCAAUCAUGGACAUGGGCGAUUUGGGUGACUUCGGAACUGACGCUUGCAGCGGCGAUUUCAAUAUUGAAUCCGACAAUGGGGACUUCAACUUCCAAGAUGCUUCCUCUGACAACGCUGAAAAGAAUAACUUCGGUUGGUAAAUAUUUCUUUCGGUAUUUAUUUCUUUUUAAUCAUUUUUUAAAACAAUUGUAAAAUGAAUUUAUCGUGAGCUUUUCACCACAAUGAAAUACAGAAUAAUGAAGUUUUUUAAUGAAA